AUGUGUUCAGGACGAGAAUGGCCGACCCCUGAAGCUAGACCGCGCCGGAGCGAUGCUAAGCGUAGGCUGCAGGAGGUGCAAGACCUCCAGGUAGCCUCGGUGUGCAUGGGCAUCGAGCAUCUCAUGAACAAGCGCCGGAGAUCCACCAAGGGGCGAGGAGGAGCCGCACGAGUAUCCCCCCCGGUGGGGCAGCAAACACGCCUCUUCCGAGACAAGAGCAACGGCGACGCCGGCGACUCAUGCAGCGGUGAUCACCAGUGCGGCGGCGACCACGACCACCCUUCUUCAUGCCGGCUCUGCGAGUCGACGCUCCGCGUCCUGAGCACCGCCCUCUUGCACGUCAGACGCUGCCUUCAUCAGCAGAAAAAGAAGCAGCAGCAUCUCGACGACGGCGGAAGCAGCAACAAUAAGGACGUCCCCCAGGCGCCUCCCGCCUCCGGCUGCGACGCCUGCCGGAUGUGGUCCACGGUCGGCGAACGCUGCUCUUCCCUCGGCAUCUCCCUCCCCAACAAUAUUCUCUUCGCCGCCAGUGGUAAUAUCGAAGGCGAAGCCGGUGAUGGUGGUGGCAGGGUGGAAUGCAACAGGCUCGCUGGUGGCGCUACGACCGCUGCUACCGCUUCUGAACCGGACGGGCCAGAGCUGCGGGUGGUUGGAAGGGUAUUCUACAAUGAGUGAGCGGCCCUCGAUGUACCGAUGUAAAUGGGAGGUAAUGCGUGGUGUUUGGUGUCGGCGGCGCCUUGUUUUAUAUUCCUCGAUAGCGUGUAAGGGGGUGAAAGGUGGCGUAAGAUGUCCACUCUUUGAAAUUGGUUAGCCUAUUUCAGGCUGUAGUUUCCGCACAUGCGAUUGCUUGAUGGUGACGAGAUUAAUGAAGGUUGAGAGUCAUGAUCAAGGGUCGACAGAGGCAGCGUUCUCUCCAAGGUACAACGUUCCCUAAAAUGGACUCGUGCUCCCACGCUCUCGCCUGUGAUCAGCACGUGUUUGCGGACGAUUCUAUGCAACAUGGGCGUUUUGCGCACCGGCAGACUCGUUAGCUUAUCCGACAGCUUUUAGCAUGAACGGGUUUGGUUGUCGGCAAAAGUUGGUACCGUUUCGCUGGUGUUUCGUGCCUUGUGGGUGGAACGUCGUUCUUCCCGCGCUCGUCCGGUUGCGGGUUCGCUGACGAGGAAAGGGUUUAGUCACCGGAAUGAUCAGGGCGGGUGCCACAUAUGUGCAUGUACGGCGCAACCGCAGAAAGCCAGCAGAAUGGAGAUGAUCAAGAUAGGGAGGGGGGGGAGGGCCCAGGUGUUUUGUUAGGGGUGGAAACUUGCAUAUUUGUGCAAGCGCACCUCUCCUCGUUCACGCUUCACGCUUGACACUCGUGGCAUGUGUGUCCCCGCCGCCCCCGCUGUUGGUUGGAGACGUAACACGAACACCUACAGGAAGUAGCUUGCCAUGAGUUUCCCCGUCGGCUGCAGAACGUUGCCUUGUGUCCUGCGUUUCUGUCGAACCAUGGAUUCAUUUGACGGAAUCCACUGGAUUGUUUACAAUAUCGUAGUUGUUUUUUAUGUUACGAGGGGCAUGUUGUACGCGUCUGCAUCACUACGAGCUUCCCGUGCGCAUCUGAAUUUUGUAUCAGAGUCUGGCCUUGUGCCUCCUGAGCAACGGCGCGAUGCCUUGGUUUCGGGGGUAGAAGGCAACGGUUGCGAAGAAAUCCGCAACCUCGAUUCGACGUCGCUUUUUUCCUGGUUCACGUCGUGGUAUGAGUUUGGGGAGGCGAAUGCGUAGUCGACCUGUUCGAAAGACGGCCGAAACCAAAGAGUGGACCGUAGCAGCUUGCGUCUGCGACAUCCUGUAUCGUUGACUACAUGGUAUCACACGCGUGUCGCCCUCAUAUGCCGUUGGAAAACUCGUGGAGAAUGCCUUCGUCGCAAGAAGAAACAUGCCGAAUGCCACAUAUUUGAAGGGUCGGUUGCGUGUGGCAGAGAAAUGCAGAGAGAGGGAGAGAGAUACUACAGAUAGCGCCCGCAUGUAAGAACCUAUGGUUUUUGCUGAGGUUGAGGUUCUGAGUUCGUGUGGGCUACCCAUGGCCGCUGCAUGUGUUUCGUAGUGGCUCUGUUCAGGGGGUCUUAAAUUUGUGCUCAUAUUUUCAGUGUUGAGCAUGAAAUUCUUCGACGCCAAGUCAUGAGAUUCUCUAGCGCGGGCGCUACCUGUGAACAUUCCGAUACUCGUGUCCCUCUAGACGCAAAUAUCAACGGUUUUCACCGCAGAAUGACUCGUGUUCACAACAAUGAUUGCAUCCAUAAACCUGAAGCCUUUUCGUGCGUACUGUCGAGAUGCUAGGUGGUCGAGCGAUUCUACCUUACCCAGCGGUCUCAUUAAACGUAGAUUUUCCUGGGUGUUUUUGAGGGCAUGGCUCCAAGUUGCCUUGAUUUUCUAUUUCUAGGGUCAGGGAGACUAACUUUUGUGCACCACGGGGACGUGAAGCGUACAAUAACGCCGGAUCUUGUGCACUACAUUAGUCCGCCAC